AUGGCGGGAAUCGUAAGGCAGCCCAUAGAUGUCGAGCGACUGAGCUCGUACAUCAAGGAAAAUGUUAGUGAAAUUGCUCUUCCCAUCAGUCUAAAGCAGUUUGGUCAUGGGCAGUCUAAUCCCACGUAUGAAGUUACGUCGGCAAAUGGCGCCAAGUUUGUUCUUAGGAAAAAGCCCCCAGGCAAGCUUCUCUCGAAGAGUGCCCAUGCCAUUGAGCGGGAGUGUGAAAUCAUUAAAGCGCUAGAGACCACGGAUGUUCCUGUACCAAAGGUGUAUUGCUUGUGUGAAGAUGACUCUAUUGUUGGAACGCUAUUUUAUAUCAUGGAAUUCUUGGACGGCAGAAUCUUUGAGGAACCUUGGCUCCCAGGUCUUGGUUCGGAAGAGCGCACUGCUAUUUGGAAAGAGGCUGUCGGCACCUUGGCAAAGCUUCACACUGUUGACUUGACCAAGAUUGGGUUAUCCAGCUGGAAGCGACCGACGAGUUUCUAUGCCCGUCAAAUAAAAGCCCUGUCAAAAACAUCUGAAGCUCAAGCAAACACCACAAGUCAAUCAGGAGCCCAGAAAGUCGGCAACAUGCCAUAUUACGACAAUCUUGUCAGCUUUUUCGCAGACGACAAGAUGCAUCCGCCAGAUGUUAGGAGGCUGGUACAUGGAGACUUCAAGCUUGACAAUCUAGUAUUCCAUAAGACUGAGCCUAGGGUGAUUGGGAUAUUAGACUGGGAGAUGGCAACUGAAGGUCAUCCGCUCUCGGACUUGGUCAACUUGUUCAUGCCAUUCAGUUGGAUUCCGGACCAAGUCUCAUAUUUGACGUCAGAGACCUUGACACCUGAGCUGAAAGAACUCCAGACAAGCUUUCAGCCAGGCAAUGUUGCUGGAAUUCCCAAUAUAUACCAGUGCCUGAAGUGGUACUGGGACAGCGUGGACUGGGAUGCUGCAGGCUAUUAUGACUGGGGAGUUGCCUUUAGUAAUUUCCGCACCGCUGUCAUUAUGCAAGGCAUCGCGGCUAGGGUUUUAAGAGGACAGGCGAGUGGUAAUAAGGCGAGACAAUUUGCACAGCAGACGUUGGUGUACGCUUUGUGGGGAUACGCGAGAGUUGCUAAGCUUCUGCAGCUGGGGCUACGAGUGCGGAGCAAGAUCUAG